AACAAGUGUUUUAUAGCAGAUAUUGUCAUGUAUAAAUACAAACACUUCCUUUUAUUUUCAGAUGGCUGGACACACAUAGACGAUUUAGACUCGUUUUUCACAAGAAUGUACAGAUAUUACGUGAGGGGAGGUUUCUAUCCAAUGAUAAUGUCGGAUUUUUUUUGUUUGUUCCAAUUCAUAUUCAUUGUGUGGUUCUCAACAUUCUUGGCACACUGAAUUACCCGCUUGUUUAGAAAUGAACCAAAUGCCACCCGGACUGAUAAACUUAGUUUAAAUGAUGUGAUAUACUCCAGCUCUGAAUGUGUUGAAAGGAUAUCAUGGAAAUGGUGGUGCCUCGUUGCAUUGUGUGCAAUAAUUUGGCUAAUGAGAUUUAUUUUAUCUAUGUACCAUUUAGUUCAAGCUUAUGAUACAAAAAAGUUUUAUAAUAAUGCAUUGAAGAUACAAGAGAGUGAUUUGGCAUGGGUCAACUGGUCAACAAUACGAAGAGUAAGGGAAGCCCAGCCUGAGCAUCACAUAUGCGUCCAUAAGCAAGAAAUCAACGAAUUAGAUAUAUACCACAGAAUACUCCGAUUUAACAAUUACAUGGUGGCGAUGGUGAAUAAAAAUCUACUUCCGUUGCAAAUACAUGUGCCUUGUAUUGGAGACUUCCACUACCUGUCCAGAGGUCUAAAGUGGAACUUGGAAUUUCUAUUAUUUUCUAGUCCGUGGAGUCCUUGGGAGAACUGUUGGCAGCUACGCGAGUGCUACAAGGAUCAUUCGAAGAGAAUGUUGUUGGCGCGACAACUUGACCGACAAAUUCUCCUGUUGGCUUUAUUUAACUUGCUGUUCUCGCCAUUCAUACAGGCUUGGCAGAUACUCUACUUCUUCUUCAAUUAUGCCGAGUUGAUAAAGCGUUCGCCGGGCGCUCUCGGGCUGCGCACGUGGUCGCUGUACGCGCGCAUCACGCUGCGCCACUUCAACGAGCUGGAGCACGAGCUGCGCGACAGACUGAACCGCGCGCACAAGCCCGCCGCCAAGUACCUCGCCAGCUUCACCUCGCCCAUCGUCACCGUCGUCGCCAAGACCACGGUGUUCCUCGCUGGAAGUGUGCUCGGCGUGCUGGUGGUACUGACGGUGUACGAUGAAGACGUGCUGACGGUCGAACACGUCAUCACCAUCAUCACUAUACUGGGAUGCGUGAUCGCCGGCGCUAGGGCUCUAAUAGGAGAAGAGGAGCGUCUUGGAGGAGGGUGCACGGGGCCGGCGCGGGGUGAAGAGCUGUUCAUACAAGUGCUGGGCCACGUGCACUACCUGCCCGCGUGGAGGGGCCGCGCACACACCAAGGACGUGGCCGCGCAUUUUCAACAAUUGUUCCAGUUUAGAGUCGUGUACAUAAUAUUCGAGUUGCUGAGCCCGCUGCUGUGCCCGUUGGUGUUGUUGUCGUUGUGCUCGCGCGCGCUGGACAUCGUCGACUUCUACCGCAACUUCACCAUCAGCGUGCUCGGCAUCGGCGACGUCUGCUCCUUCGCACAG